AUGGCCUCGGCAGUGAGUGAAGCUCUUGCACGUGCAAAAGCCCUGAGGGCAAAGGCCUUGAACCAGGGCCCACCGAUCGAGGAACCGGAGGUGCCGCAGACUGCCAAGCCCUCAACGCAGCCUUUGAAGCGAGAGCUGCCCACACCGGGCCGACGACCCGUCAAGCGAGAGAAGAAGCCAAGCCCAAAGCCGACGUCGAACCAGGCCAGCACAAGGGGAGUGUUCAUGUAUGAUGAUGACAAAGAUGCAAAGACUGAUGCUCCACAGGAAGACAAUGAUCAGGAUCAAGUGCACAUGGAAGAUGAUCAGCGGGGGCUCAAUGCUCAAGCUGCUGAAGAUGGCUAUCGUGAGCAAGGCUUCUCCGAGGCUGACACGUUGGAGUAUCGGCAGCUUGCGAAGUUUCCUUCGACACAAGUGGAGGAAUGGGACUGGAAGGGGAAUGAUUCAUGGGGCUCAGGCUACGGUGUAGCUUGGUCGGCUUGGAAUGAUGAUCAGUGGGGCCAGAACAAGCGCAAGCAUGGUGACACAAGCCUCAAGAAGCCUGAGAAGGAUGUGAGCACAGGUUCGCCGCAGGAGCAGUGGGCAUCAAUUCAGGAUAUCUUGCAACGAGGCCACACAGUGGACCGCCUCAGCGAUGAUGAACUCGCUGAGGUAGUUUUUCAGAUCGACCGAUUGAAGAAAAGCCGUUCGAUGCCCGUACAGGAAACUGAAGCACCGACCCAGCAGGGACAGGAGGCACAAAAGGAAAAGGAUGAGUCGCAGGCAACCGAAGCAGACAAGAAAAAGAAGGAGUCGCAGGCAACCGAAGCAGACAAGGAAAAGAUGGAGUCACAGGCAACCGAAGCACAGAAAGAAAAGAAGGAGUCAGAGGCAACCGAAGCAGACAAGGAAAAGAAGGAGUCACAGGCAACCGCAGCACAGAAGGACAAGAAGGAGUCACAGGCAACCGAAGCACAGAAGGACAAGAAGGAGUCACAGGCAACCGAAGCACAGAAGGACAAGAAGGAGUCACAGGCAACCGAAGCACAGAAGGACAAGAAGGAGUCACAGGCAACUGUCGAAAGCACCAAGCAAGGAGCAGAGGAAGAAGGUGGCCGGACACCGAAGGAAGUGAGGAAGCUGGCUGACAGAGACCUGGAUUCUGAUCAGAGAAACUUCUUGUUCGAGCAUUGGCUUCAGGCCAACGAGAACUGGAACGCAUCCAAGCUUUUGGUUACCUUGAAGAACAAGUCCGGGAAAAAGAAGGUUGGACUCCGAAAGUGGCUGACAAAGGCCGACCUUCUGCAGAAGUACAAGGACGAGGAGGUGGUACAGGCCAUCAUAGAUGCAAAGGUGAAUGACAAGGAGCUGUGCAAGACACAGGUGAGGAACCAUCCUGAUUGCCCUCAUCGCGAAGAUCUCAAGCAAUACCUAUGUGUUGUAGAUGAUAGCGAGGAAAACUACGAAGGGGAAGAAGUGGAACACACGUUCGAGAUGGACAACGAUCUCGACGAGUCGAGCUCCGACCAAAGCAGUGACGAGGAUGGUCAGGAGGAGGAUGAGGAAGAGCAGGAGAGCAAGAAGCCAAAGAAGGAAGGAAAGCCCAAGCAGCCGAAGAGUGCGAAGAAGAACAAGAAGAGCAAGAAAAGCAAGAGCUCCCCCAACAAGAAAAACCGUGCCAGGGCCAAACAGCCAACCGGCGGAGACGAUGGAGAAGACAAGCCACUGAAUGCAAAGGAGAUGAAAGGCAAGGCCAGGAAGGCAGUGGACAAAGCCACGGACAAGCUCCAAGCAGUACGAAAGUGCCAGGACGUGGAAUCGGGUGACAAACUCCUGAAAGCCAUGAAGGACGAUGUCGAAGCCCAGGCCUCGCUCAUCCGGACGGAGAGAGCAGAUCUGCAGCGAUUGAUGGAUGAGUCCGUGGCAUCCAUGCCGAGCGCCGUGGACAAGCUGACCACAACGUGUGACAAGUUUGAUAAGAUCACCAAGGAGUUCUGGAACAAAGUGAAUGGUGAAGAUGUCGAUAAGGAUACCGAUGGCUUGCUGCAGCAUAUGUACAACAAGAUAUCCAGUGGAGCUUCCAGUAUUGAUGCAGCUAUGAAAGAUGCCCAAGCUGGUUUCCAGGACACCCAGAAGUUCUUCAAGGGCAAGACUAUUAAAUCGUUGAUGCGGUUCAAGCCUGGAAAUGCUGCACGUGACUUCUUCAAGACUGUGAAGCUUCCUCUGGAGCCUACACCAGUCAAAGUUCCUGUCUGGGAGUAUGCGGAUGGUGAAUGGAAGCAGGCCUCAACUACGGUACCGGUACUAGACAUACAUGAGAUUCUGAGCUACGUUCAUUGUGAGCUGGGAUUGCAAACCCCGCCGGAGAAGGUCAAAGAAUACUGGGCACACCUGUGCAGCCACGGUGUUCCCUUUGCCACUCGUCACCCUUCUACACAUGCAAACGAGCCGUGCCGACAUUCCCACAUACCGUUCUCACUUUAUGGAGAUGAAUGCCAGCUGUCAGCAGAUGGUUCGGAGAAGGUGACAGCCAUGUUUGUCUCCUUAACUCUUUUCCGACCCAAAGAGGUUAGGCUUGGACACUUUAUGGUUUUUUGUAUGAAGGACGAGUUCAUGGUUCACGAAAACCUUGCGACCCUGAGCCCCAUUCUGAAGCACAUUGCCUGGAGUUCGAAUGUGGCCUUUGAUGGCAAGUUUCCACAAUGUGGGCCAAUGGGCGAAGCUUUGUCAUCUUCGAAGAUGGCCCGGGCCGGGGAUUUCCUGGCGCACGGACGGGCAUUCGCUGCUUGUGAACUUCGGGGAGAUUGGAAAUGGCAUGAAAGGACACUUCGGCUGCUUCACACUCCUACAAGCACAUGCUGCUGCCUGUUCUGUGGGGCUGAAGCUUCUGAUGAGUCCCCGCUUCGAUAUUACGAGACUGGAGAGUCUGCAGGCUGGGCUUCCACGAUUGCUACAACAGCAGACUUUUUGCUUCACAAAGUUCGGCCUGGAUGCUUGAGUGACUUGGACUGCAUGUCUAAAUCCUGCUACCAACCUACUAUAAGUAUUCUAUUCUAA